AUGCGUUUGACACAGCUGGCAAACCGCCAGAGCGUCUUUGACGACCAGACAGCUGAGGUGAGUGAGUUGACGCAGAUGGUGAAGAGCUCGCUGCAACGCCUCCACAACGAUGCAGGAACGCUGGAGGAGCUGAAGCGGCGAGCCGUUGAGUCGCAAAAAGGGAGCAUUCAAGCCAAGGGCGACGCUCGCGGUAUGUUUGGCAGCUCUUCCGACCACCUCCGUACGUCUGAGAAGCACAGUGACACUGUUGUUGAGACACUGCGCAGCCGGCUGGCUCGCACCGGCCAGCAGUUCCGCACCACUCUCCAGCAUCAAUCCAAAAGCCUAAAGGAUAAAGCGAACCGGCGUCACAUGUUCACCACAGCGGAUCGACCGCAAACAUUUGAGAGUGCGCUUUUUCAGGAUCAGGAGCAACAUCAGCAGCAGCAACUGCUGCUCUCCGGAACUGCCAACACGCAGUACUACCAGCAGCGAGCGGACGCCGUGCUGGAAAUCGAGGCAGCUGUGCAGGAAGUUGGUGAACUCUUCAACGAUUUCACACGCCUUGUUCAGGAGCAGGAGGAGGUUGUGCUCCGCAUUGACACAGAUGUGGACAACGCUGUGCGUCACGUCAAUGCCGGAAGCAAUGAGCUGAUGCGAUAUUUGACGAACCUGAGCUCCAACCGCGGGCUCAUUCUGAAGGUGUUUGCAAUACUCUUCUUCUUCCUCAUGCUCUUUGGUAUCCUCGUGGUGCGCUAA